AUAAACAAUUAAAUGUUUAUUUUUUUUAGCUUAAAAUAAAAACAGACUUAUUCACACCGUGUGAUAUAAUUUGGAUUAAGCCGUUAAAUUGUAUCUGGUUGUUUACAUGACAUCAAUUCAAGGGCAUUUUAAACCAAUAAGAUUAAAAUCAGAUCUUUGUUACGCUCCGUAAUUCUGAUAGUCGCCGUGCAAGGCUCUUUGUACAGAUUGAUGUUCAACCAAUGUGUAUUUUUAAAUUUCCUUUCAGAAUGAAUUAACAGUCUGCGAUGAAUAAUGGUUUGUGUACGAUUAAGGGGAAAAUUAAUUCAAUGUGCUUUCUUUGUGACGACACUGGUAUUAUUCUUUUUCCACUAUGUUAACUUUUUAAAUCAAAGAAAGCUUUCUAAGAACAGGUAUACCCCAAACGUACAGACUCCUAGGCUUAUUUCCUGGAAGCAGCGAAGUCCUCGACGUUUGGUUUUUGAUAUUGACUGUCAAAGAAUAAUUGGAGGGGAUAAAAUAUACUUGGACUAUGCUAGACGUGUAAUGAAAUCUAAGGAAUACGAAUUUUCAAAUGACGCAGAUAUGAAAAUAAAAGCUAAACACUGCAGUAGAUUUUUGGAGAUCUAUGACUAUGGAUAUUUUUUUCUCUCCAAGGAGGAGCUGGAGUUUCCCCUGGCGUAUACAAUUUUGACACAUAAGGAUGCCGUCCAAACUGAGAAACUACUCCGCGCCAUCUACCGUCCACACAACAUUUACUGUAUUCACGUGGAUAAGAGUUCUAGUGCAUCUCUUCACAAUGCCAUGGCGGCAAUAGCAAGUUGUUUUCCAAAUGUUUUCAUUGUCUCGAAAACUGAGGACGUCAUCUAUGCCAGUUUUUCUAGAUUGAAAGCCGAUCUGAACUGCAUGACAGAUCUCUUGCGAAGAACAGAUGUUCAUUGGAAAUACGUGGUAAAUCUACCAUCACAGGAAUAUCCCCUCAAAACUAAUGCAGAGAUAGUUAAGAUUUUGAAACUUUUCAAUGGCAGCAGUAGUAUCGAGGUGCUCAGUUCUAAUAAGUAUCAUCAUCGCUUUGAAAGGUCACAUAAAGUCGUCGGUAAUAAGGUGAAACCCACCAACAAGAAAAAGAAACUACCACCCUAUGGUAUUACCAUAGCAAAAGGAAGUGUGUAUGGUGUAUUUAGUCGAAGUUUUGUGAAUUAUUCACUCAAUGAUGUAAGAGCCCAGAAAAUUUUAAAGUGGUUUGAAGACACAUAUAGUCCUGAUGAGUUCUUUUGGGCGACUUUGUCCAAAAAUAGUCACCUUAUUAAUGUUCCUGGUCUAUUCUCCGACGGUUUCAACGGCAACAGGCUCUGGAUUGCUGCCACUGUAUCCUGGAAAGAUAAACGUAACUGCCAUGGGAAGUACGUCCGCUUCAUCUGUGUGUUUGGCAUUGGUGAUCUGAAGGAACUGGUCUCACAAAAUACACUUUUUGCAAAUAAGUUUUAUCAUGACUAUCAGCCAUUGGCUUUAAAGUGUCUAGAAGAAUGGCAUUACAAUAAAACUCUCAGUCAAAUUCCAUUUGACUCCUUAUGAGAUUCAUUUAAA